AGGAAGAAGAAGAAGAAGAAGCGGAGACGAAGAAGAAGAAGACGUCGUGCACGUGUUACGUCUUCAGCGGGAGAAAAACAAAAUAAAUUAGUUUAUUCGUUUCAGAGCUGUUGUCCAGCGGAAAACAUGAGACCAGGUUUCAGUCCUCGUGGAGACAGAGGAGGAAGAGGUGGAGGACGAGGCGGAUUCAGAGGAGGGUUCGGAGAUCGUGGGGGGCGAGGAGGAUUCGGUGAUCGUGGAGGACGAGGAGGAAGAGGUGGAGGGUUCAGAUCCCCAGACGGAGGAGGAUUUCGGGGACGAGGUGGCAGAGGCACCCCCAGAGGGAGAGGAGGAAGAGGGGGUGGCAGAGGCUUUGGAGGCGGGAAGAAGGUCUUGAUUGAGCCACACAGACAUGAAGGAGUGUUCAUCUGCAGAGGGAAGGAGGAUGCUCUGGUGACCAAGAACAUGGUGGUGGGAGAGUCUGUGUACGGAGAAAAAAGGAUGAGCGUGGAGGAAGGCGAGACGAAGAUUGAGUACAGAGCCUGGAAUCCUUUUCGCUCCAAGCUGGCUGCUGCCAUCUUGGGAGGAAUUGACCAGAUCCACAUCAAGCCUGGAGCUAAGGUCAUGUACCUGGGUGCUGCCUCUGGUACUACAGUAUCCCAUGUUUCUGACAUCGUAGGGCCGGAGGGACUCGUGUACGCUGUGGAGUUCUCCCAUCGAUCAGGUCGGGACCUUCUGAAUGUUGCAAAGAAACGCACCAACAUCAUUCCAAUCAUCGAAGAUGCCAGACAUCCACACAAAUAUCGAAUGCUGGUUGGCAUGGUGGAUGUGGUAUUUGCAGAUGUUGCUCAGCCUGACCAGACAAGAAUCGUCGCUUUGAACGCACACAACUUCCUGAAGAAUGGAGGACAUUUUGUUAUCUCUAUAAAGGCUAACUGCAUAGACUCAACAGCAGCUCCGGAAGCUGUUUUUGCUUCAGAAGUAAAGAAGAUGAGCGCUGAGAACAUGAAACCACAGGAGCAGCUCACAUUGGAACCCUAUGAGAGGGACCACGCUGUAGUCGUGGGUAUCUACAGACCUCCACCAAAACAGAAGAAGUGAGAUGUGGACGACCAUCGACUUUACGUUGCCCUCCUCUCAGCCCGUCUCUGCUCACGUUCAGCCCAUCUCUAACCUUCAGAUAUUUUGUAUUUUUUUGUGGAUUGCUUUGUUUGAAUCAUUAAAAUUUUAUCAACCAUUUA